AUGGCUAAUGCUUGGCAAAGUAAGAAACUUGGUGCUUGGGGAAGUGAAAGCUCUGCGUUGAAAAAAAAAAGUAUGGCAUAUACGACCGCUUCUCCCACUUCUGCUUCAGCCAUUCCUACUCCAGUAACAAGUGAAAAUACCAGUAGAAGUAGUAUCUCUUCGCAGGACUCACGCAGUAACAAGAAAAAAAAUAACAACAGCAAUGGGCAGAAUUCCCAAACGAACCAAGCAUCAUAUGUUCAUUCUAAACCACCGUUCAACCACGAUGAAGUGAAACAGUUCCUGAUAUCACAAUUCGAACAGUACUCUAGGUCAUCUGUGACCCUGACUACGGAUGAUUCUACAGAUUGGAAUACUUCUCAGUCGAAAACAUGGAAAUCAAAAAAAUAUGGGUGUUUGUCCGAACUUGAGCGCGUUCUAAGAUAA